AUGAACAAACAUCAAAAAAGAUAUAAAUUAGUUGUAUUUGGAGCAUCGAGAAUUGGUAAAACUAGUACUAUACUUCAGUUCAUUGAUGGUAGAUUUAUUGAGACAUAUCAACCGAGUGGAGAUGCGACAUAUCAAAAGACAAUUCAAAUUGAUAAUAAAAGAGUAGAAAUAGAUAUCAGUGAUAUUUGUGUUAGCGAAGAGUCUAAAGGAUCAACUCAUUACUAUAUAAGAACUCGAGAUGGAUUUAUAUUAAUGUAUUCGAUUACUUCAAGAUAUUCAUUUGACUUAAUACAAGAUAUUCAUAAUGAAAUUUAUAGAAUAAGAGAUAAAGAAAUGAACGAACACAUCCCAUGCAUCAUUGUUGGAAAUAAAAGUGAGUUAACAGAGGAAAGAGAAGUGGGAACAGAAGAAGGAAUGAAGUAUUCAGAAAGUGUUCAAUGUCAUUUUAUUGAAAGUAGUGCUAAAAGAAAUGAAAACAUUAAUGAAAUAUUUGAAAUAAUUACAAAGGAUGUUAUUAAAUAUAAAGAAAAUAACAAUCAAAUAGAAUCAUCUAACGAAGAAAUAAAACAAAAAGGAUGUUUUAUUGUUUAA